AUGGCCGCGUCUCAGGAAAGAACUAGUGCCGACGCUGAAGCGACUAGCGCCAGGACGUCUAUUCCACCCGCAUCGCUAUCAAGGUCGCUGAAUGAAAAGGCGGAUCUGAAAGAGGCUGCUACUGUUGCGAACGACGAUGUUGUUGACACUCCACAGGCAGUGUACCCAGAAGAAUGGAAGCUAUGGAUCGUCUAUGUCGCGACGCUGCUAACUAUGUUUCUUACCAUAGUAGCAACCGCUAUCCCUAAGAUCACCGAAGAAUUCCAGAGUCUGGACCAGGUUGGAUGGUAUGGCUCGGCGCUCUUCCUGACCUUAGCAGCCUUUCAGGCGCCAUGGGGAACCAUCUACAAAUAUCUGAUUUGUGGUGUUUCGAGGAACAGCCAGAUGCUCAUCGCGGGCCGUGUGAUCACCGGCUGCGGAGGCGCAGGUAUUACUAUCGCUCCGGCUUUUAUCGGCGGUAUAGGCGCUGCUUUUAGCAUUGCAAGUGUAGCUGGUCCGUUGGUAGGAGGAGCUUUCACUGGAGAAGUUACUUUCUACAUUAACCUACCCAUUGGUGGUGCUGCAUCCAUCAUUUUCUUCAUUCUAUUCCCGAAGCCAAGUAUGCCGCCCCAGCCAGCAACUCUAAGGGAGAAGCUCCUAGGGUUGGAUCCCUUAGGAACGAUUCUUGCGGUUACGUCCAUCAUAUGCUACUUCCUCGCUCUCGAAUGGGGCGGCGUGUCGAAGGCGUGGAGCAGCGCGGACGUGGUUGGGACUCUCGUCGGCUGGAUUCUUCUUGCUAUCGCUUUUGGUGUGGUGCAAUGGUUCCUCAAAGAGCGAGCAUCGAUCGUCCCCCGAAUCCUCGCGCAACGACACGUAUGUGGUGGUGCGGCUUUCAUGUUCUUUCCGACUUUGAGUGGUAUUCAAGUUCUGCCACUCAUUGUUUCUGCCUCUGUAACCGUUAUAAUCAGCGGUAUUCUCUUUACAAAGUUCCCCUUUUAUCAACUUUACCUCCUCAUUGGUGCCAGCUUAACAGCAAUUGGUGCUGGACUACUUUACACUCUCGAAGUAGACUCGUACGCAGGAGCAUACCUGGGGUAUCAGUUCGUAGUCGGUAUCGGUAAUGGCGCGUGCCAGCAGAUCCCUUUUACGGUCGUGCAAGCCUUUUCUAAGCCCCAAGACUUGGCCACGUCAAUGUCUACCCUUCUCUGUGUCUUUCAACUGCUAUCAGGUGCCAUGUCCGUGGCCGCGGCUCAAUCCCUUUUCAUAAACCGCUUGCUCUCCGCUGCUUCUAUCCGUGUCCCAGACGCCGACCGCGCAACCAUCAUCGCCACUGGAGCUACUGACCUCCAACGCGUGUUCCCUGGCGACCAACUAUUAGGAAUACGCGAAAGUUAUUUGGACGGAUUGCACGCCGCGUGGGCUAUGGCUAUUGCGUUUGCGGGUGCUGCUUUGUUGACCGGGUUGACGCUAGGAUUCAAGAGGGUUGAAAAGCCUCAGGGAGAGCCGACGAAGGACGUCGAGGAGGGCUAG